UGAAUGUGUGCACAAUGUGUGUGUCAGUGACGGUGACUGUGUUAUGGUGUGAGUUGUUAAAAAUUGAUUAUAAUUUGUUAAAAAUUAUGCAACGACUCUCAAUUGUCUUUUUAUAGAAUUCAUUUUAAAAAUAAUUGUUUUCCCCUAAAUCGUUAUUACGACUUUCAAACCUUUCCCUAGUGGAUUCCAAUUGUCAGUGUUUAUUGUUUUGUUUCUGUUAAACUGAGUAUUGAUUUUAUAGGUUAACUGCGUCCGUAUUUAUGCUGGUUACAAUAAUUAAUAAAUAAAAUGAGUGUGUGUAAGCUAGUAGUGGGAAUUAAUAAAAUAAGCUGUAUAAGCUUAACAAAUGGAAAUGCUAAGAAGAUUGGAGUUUCCCUCUUCAGGGCAUUUUCUUCCCGUGAUUUGUUGAAAGAAGCUUACUGCAGGACGAAAUUAAAAUGUCGUUCAAAAAAACUACCUCAAGACGUGAACCCCACAGGGGUGUUUGCCUGCAACGAGCUGGACCUCUCGGAAGUGAAUGUUUAUGGGUUUGACUACGACUACACUCUGGCCCACUACAAGCCCUCUCUGGAACACCUCCUCUAUAAUCUUGGAAGAGAGAUUCUUCUGGAGAAAUAUAAUUAUCCUCCAGAAAUCCUCAAGUUGGAGUACAAGCCGAACUUUGCAGUCCGCGGUCUUCACUAUGACAUAGAGAAAGGGUUACUUCUGAAACUAGACUCAUUCUUACAAAUACAGUUUGGGGCGGUGUACCGAGGCCUCACGCAGGUGCCCAGUGAUGAAGUGCUUAAGCUGUAUAAGAAUAGGAUAAUACCCAUUGCUUACGUUGAGGGGGAUAACAGAGCACAUAAGUCAAGUCGCGCGAAGAUGGUACACCUGGCGGACCUGUUCUCUGUGCCGGAGAUGGGCCUGCUGUGCAACGUGGCCGAGUACUUCAUCCGGAACCAUAUCGACUACCACCCGGAGAUACUGUUCCUCGAUGUCAAGAACUCAGUGCAAUCCAGUCACCCGAUAAUGCACAAAGUAGUGGCUCAAAACGUGCAGGAGUACAUCCGGCCCAACCCCGAGCUCAGGAACUAUUUCCAGAUGCUGCAGGACAACCAGAAGAAACUGUUCCUCGUCACCAACAGCCCCUUCCAUUUCGUUAACGCAGGCAUGGACAUGCUGGUGGGCCACGACUGGCGCGACUUCUUCGACGUGGUCAUAGUCAACGCCAACAAGCCCAAGUUCUUCACGGAGGUGUCCCGCCCCAUACGGGUGUUUGAUAAAAACGCCAACACGCACAUCUGGGAGAAGGUUACGUCGCUGGAGAAAGGGAUUAUUUAUUAUGAGGGCACAGUGAAGCAACUGCAAGACCUGACGGGCUGGUCUGGGCACCAGGUGCUGUACUUCGGCGACCACCCCUACAGCGACCUCGCCGACGUCACACUCGAGCACGGCUGGCGGACCGGCGCCAUCAUCAACGAACUCACGCACGAGAUCAAUACACUCAACAUGCAUUCGUUCAAAGAGAAUGCCAACUGGCUGCAGAUGUUGACGCAGCUGAUCGAGGACCACCAGGACUACAAGCGGCCCGAGGAGCUGGAGGUGCUCGCGCAGUGGAUGGCCGAGAGGGACUACUUGAGGAGUUGUUGUGAUGGUUCCAGGAACGAAAUCAAGGCGGUGUUCAACCCUCAGUUCGGUAGUGUGUUCCGAACGUACCACAACCCCACCUACUUCUCGCGGCGACUGUUCCGGUUCGCUGAUAUCUACACCUCGAAUAUAAAACAUCUGCUCAGAUACUCCACCACACAUACCUUCUACCCACGACGAGGUGUCAUGCCUCACGAGUACGGAUCCUACUUCGUAUAGUAUAACGUUAUGUUUAGAUUCUAAGCUAAGUUAUUGACAUUUAUGUACAUAAUGUUGCUAGCAUUUUUUCCUCCCCAAUCGUAAUUUGUAAGAUCAUGUAAAAUACACAGUAUUUUUUGUGUAAAAAUAUUGCUCGUAAGAUGUUCUAUGUGUCAAAGACAAAGGUUUGUUAAAGUAUAGAAAAAAUAUUAGGCUGAUACUAAUUUUGGUUACUCGAACGGUUUCUAGUCAGCAGUAUUUAGGUUGAAUGUUCAUUGUUACUAACUCCAUUAUAUUGAAUUAAAUUAUUAUAUUCUUUUUAUAUAUUGUACUUAUAAGUACAUUUAUUUCGAAGAAGUUUUAUGUUAUUAAAAUGAUUUUAAGUAACAUAUCUUGUAAGUCAAUUUUAGUUACUGUAAGAGACAGUAAAUUUUACUAUACCUACUAAACAAACAUUUUUAAAUAAUUUACUGGCAGAUAAAUUGAAAUUUUAUAUAAUUAUAUUUAGUACAUGCGUGUUCAUAAAAUCAUUAUAGGUCUUUUAUUUACGAAAUAACGAGUCAUGUGCGUAAAUAUAUUACACUAUUUCUGUGUAACGUAUUUGUAAGAACACUCAGUCUAUUAAUACCGUCAAUGGAUAUUAUAAUCUUGCCAUUUAAUUAAUUAAUGGAGAUUAUGUUUCGUGAUUAGUUAAUAAAGAGUAUUCCAUUAUCUAUAAUAGGUGCAAAGUGUUCAACGUAAAUUAAUGUUUUUGACAUAAAAAUGUAAACCAUGUUUAACGGUGGUUUAUCACGCUAUUUGCCACAUCUCAACUUCUAUUAAACUAGAUACGGGAUAAACAGAUGUUUAGCUAAACUAUUUUGUGGUUGUACAACAGGUGUAUAUUUCAAAAACUGUUGUGAAAAUACCUAGGUACUCGUAGAACAUAAAAAAUGCUAUCAAUUGGAAAAAUCUUGAGCUAGCCCAGCUUGAAUUAUGUCUUUUGGAAAAAGAACUUUGUAAAUGUAGCUAUACUUAAAUGAAAUUUGUUAUAUCCAAUUAUUUAAUCGCACAUGUAAGUUAGUGCUGCUACGAGUAUUAUGAUAUGAAGAACAGAAUUUUUUGAAUCUCAAUACUAUCUAAUUGUAUGCACAUAAGGUUCUUUUUCGUUGUCCCAUAGUUAUCAUUAUUAAAGUUACGGUUAUCGUAUUGAUAACCUCUUAUUGUGCCAUCGGAUCGACAAUAAAUCAUAAACAUUAAAUCAAGAAUUAAGGUACACUUAACUAAGUAUCUAGUUAUAUACUUGUGUAUUAAUUAUUAGGUGCCGUUUGUUACCAGGGAAUAUUGCAAAAUCGUUAUUUUUUGUUAAUUUUAUUGUCAGUUUUGUUAUAAUAAAUUUUACUAGAAAU